AUGGGCAAGAAAAGGAUUCUAGUUGGGUAUGGCAUUGACGUUGAUGCUGUCUCCGGACACAUCAACCUCACCAACGGAUCUCGACCAAAUCUAUCAAACAUAUCCCGAGGUGUUUUUGGUGCUAAAGUAGGCACGCAAAGGCUUCUAGAUCUCUUCGAAAAGAAGAGUAUCAAAUGCUCGUGGUACAUUCCUGCACACACCAUCGAGACAUUUCCUGUAGAGAUGGCAAGGAUCAGAGAUGGUGGACAUGAAAUCGGCUGCCAUGGUUAUACUCACGAGCAUGCUGGAGAGCUCAGCACUCAGCAGUUCAAGGACGUCAUGGAAAGAUCGGUCCACGUCCUGACUGAAUUCUGUGGAGGAAAGAAGCCUGCUGGUUUCACGGCCCCAUCAUGGGAUCCUCAUCCGGAGCAGAUCAAGAUUAUGGAAGAGAUGGGCUUCAGCUACGACCAUUCUUACAUGCAUAAUGACUUUCACGCAUACUGGGCCCCGAAGGACGGAGAAGUUCAUGUCGUCACCGACUAUAGUAAACCAGCGUCAACUUGGAUGGUGCCGUCUUCCACCGAGAGUCCAUCCAAUAUUGUCGUGAUCCCAGGUAACUGGACAUUCGAUGACUGGCCAGCCUUUCAAUUCGAAGCAACGCGCCCAAAUGCGCAAGGCUAUGUAGACCCCGAAGUUGUGGAGAAGACAUGGAGGGAGACUUUUCUCUAUUGCUACGAGCACUACGAUACUUUCAUUAUCCCGCUUACGAUCCAUCCACAAGUUAGUGGUAAACCACAUGUUAUGAGGAUGCACGAACGGUUCAUUGAUUGGAUCAAUCAAUAUGAGGAGGUUGAAUGGUGCACCUUUGAGAAAAUGGCGGAAGAGUUCCGUGCUGGCCGUAUAUAA